GGAUCACCUUCUCAAAGCUACCCAGAACUCGGCAUGUGGCAAAUUCGGCAUCCUUUCGACCAAUCAGUUCUCUAUUGACUUCGAUCCCCAUAGGAGCGGUUUGUUGGAUGAGGCUGCGCAAGUUUUGCUGCCUGGCUUUGAGUGCGAGAUGUUGAAGUGCAGACCGGAACAUCGCGGCGUUAGAGCAUCAGCUCCAAUUCUCUUAGUUGUACCUGAGUCCACUGACAAGGUCAACAUUCCUUUCGGUUACCACCCGAAAACACCAAAUUCACUUGGCAAACUGCUAAUCUGUCUCCCACGGACCCACCAAGGUGGAAAAUGGGAAAUCAUCGAGAGGCAUACAGAAGCUUCAACCACAUUCGAAUGUACCAGUUCGAACUUGAACCAUAUACAAUGGGCCGCUUGUUUUGGAUCUUGCCAGUAUUCCAUUUAUACAGUGCAAGGUAGUCACCAACUUAUCUUUUUGUACAACUUGGAGGUCUCGGAACGGGUUGGAUGCCUUCUUCGCAGGCCUGAGCCUGGACAAGGCUUGCUCGCCAUGCCAUCGUGCUUUCCUCUUUACGCUAGCAUCAAGCACAUGUUGCAGAAUCCUGGCUUCAUGAAAGAGGGGGGGAAACUAGGCUUCUACUGUCGAUAUCCAUACUUGCACACAAAACCCAAAACCCAAAACCUCAUGCCUUACGAACUAAAAGGCAUCGAUAUAAUAUUGUCUAUAGCCUCUUUCGCUCUCGUGGUCUUAAAGCGAUAGCAGGGCCUCUGCUCAAUUGUCCUGCAAUGAAAAAAAGACUU